UAUGCAGUUUGAUCGCCAACACUACGGAAGUGCUAGUAUGAGCAGCAGCUUGCCUUGGUCGAGUUCUUACGCAUUUGGUUAUCGAAGUUUAGAAAAUCCUUCCAAUUCUCCCGGAAGUCCUCUUCAAAAUCUAUUGGUUGGGUCGACAGGCAGCAGACUCGCUUAUGAUAACUUUUUAAGAUCUCAGUUCACAAUGGUGGAUCUAAUUUCAACCUACCUCAACAGGAUGGCGGCAGUGCUACAUGGGAUUAUGGACACGGUUCAAAAAACAUAUCAACUAUUCCAGAUAACGCUAAUUACAGUUUACACCGGCAAAAUCACCUGCUUGCCGGGUGUCAACAUUGUCAGCAACAGUCACAACAGCUUCAUGGAGCUUUGGGAUACCCUGGUAUUUACGGUUCUCGUUCAGAGAUGGCAAUGGAGCAGCAGCAGCAGCAACAGCAAAAUAUCCGAGAUUUGGUUUUAAAUGCUUCACAAGGACCGUUGUCUAGGGAGUCACCUCGACCAUGGCUGCAGCAUAAAUAUUAACAUUUUUUUUGGUGUUUUUGCCUUUUGGUUAUGCGUUAGUAGUAGCAAGCAAAGGAUUAUAAAAGCGGCCGAGUAGGAUUAUGUUAUGAUGAGAACCAAAAAUGUAUUGGUUUGUUUUUGAGUGCUU